AUGCUUUCAUCUUGCCCCAAGAUUAUAUCUUGCAAGUUCACUAAGCAGAUUGGUGAACCAUCUCCCUACAAAAGGAUGGAGCUUCAGCAAGAAUUAAAUUUGAAGAAGGAGUCACCUAUGAAAUUCAGAAAUGUAGAUCCUGAAAAAGAGAUCAAGCAUUAUGAUUACAUCAAGAUUAUUCCAAUUAAGGAUCUAAACACAUCUUCAGGAGAAGACUGGCAUAUUAAAGCUAGAGUAAGAUUUCCAUUCAAUAAAUUUUAGAUCACAAAAAAAGGAAAUAUCAUUAGUUAUUAAGCAGGCCGUAUGUUUAAGAUUGAGAUCGUUGAUGUAGAGGGUACAUAGAUUGAAGGCACUUUCUAUAAGGAUUGCUUAGAUUUCUUCUUCAAUAAAAUUGAGGAAGGAAAAAUUUAUACAUUUACAUAAGCUUAAAUUGCUAAUGCCAACAAAAAGUUUACCUCUGUUAAAAAUGACUUCAGAAUAAUUUUUAAUCAGAAUUCAGUAAUUACUGAUUAUAUUGAGCCUAAAAAAGAAGAAAGCAAAGACAGUACAAAUACCGAAUCUGAGUCUGAAUAGAUAUUAAGAUACAAAUUCAAUUUUGUAUCAAUUUUUGACAUAAUGACAUCUAUACAUGACUUGAAAUAAAUUGAUGUCUGUGGGAUAAAUGUGACUAAAGACCCUAAAAAAGAUGAUAUUGAUGUGAAGUUUGAUUAUGGGAAGAAAACUUUAAAGGGUAGGUUAGUUUUUACCUUAGUGGACAAUACAAAUGAAGUUAUAAACGUUAAUCUCUGGGGUGAUUUAUCUAACAUAGAAAUAAAUGAAGGAGAUAUAGUUAUUAUAAAUGGGGCUAGGGUCAGCACAUUUGGAGGAAAAUCUUUAAAUUGCGGAAGUGAGUAUUGCAAGAUUAUCAUUAAUCCUACGAGAGAAGAAGUGUCAGAUAUCGAUAGAUACGUGGACUUAUCAAACGCCAAUUUAGUAGCAAAGCAUAGGAGUGCUGCAAAAGAGUAAUAAGUCACAUAGCUUGGCUUAGUAAUUGACAAGCUAAAAGAGGAUAAUCAAAAGUUAAUUUCAGAUGUUCUGGAUGAAUUGAAUUGUGGGUAUGAUGGAACUUUCAAAGAACAUAGUGAAGUCUAUAGAAACCCCACUCAAAUAUAUUGUUUAUAGGGAAACAUAAUAAAAUUUGUCUCCUCUUCAGACUCAAUGACUUACAUGGGAUGCCCGAUAUGUUGCAAAAAAGUAUAUGAUCAUCGACUUACUGGGUAUUAUUGCUCGACUUGUGGGAAAAUAAUAAAGGAAAAGUUCUUUUAUUUCAUACAUGCAAUCUUCCAAGAUUUUACAGGGAAAAUUAUAAUUGGAUUUUCUAAGGAGCAGGCUGACAUAUUAAUGGGAAACGUUGAUCCCUUGACAUUUAUAAAAAAGAUAAAGAAGUCUUUCAGAAUGGAAUGCGACUUCGAGGGAUGGUUAAAUGAAAAUAUUUACUUUAAGACAUAUAAGAUACUUGUUAAGGCAAAGAAUGAAUUAUAUCAGGGCACAAAUAGAAUCAGGUUUCAUGCCUUGGAUGUUGUGAAUAUCAGUACUGACUAAGUAAAAGCGUCAUUUAGGAAUGAAAAUUUGAUGUUACUGGGAACUCUUUAGCAAUAAAGUAAGAUAAGACAGAAAGAAGGCAAUCUUGAUGAAGAACAAUAAGAGAGUUAAUGA